AUGAUUUCUAGCGGACAUGUAAACAGACAAGAUCUGUACCCAAAGGGCAAGGCCCCUCCCAUCCCACCGCGGCGACCUCGGUACCCCAAUAUAAAAGACCUGCAAGACCAGGCUGCUGCGUUAAAUGUUGAUGACACUACGCCGCUUAGUAUACUCUUGCCAACGGCUGCCGAUGCAAUCGAAAGGGCCAGGAACCUCGCAGAUGACAACUACAACGAUAAAGCCUACGUCCAGUAUCUUCGCGCCUCUGAGAUUACUAUAAAUCUUAUUCCUCACCAUCCAGACUAUCGAACCGUCAGCCAACGUCCUGAUUGGUAUAAGGAGUUCGCCGGUCUAGUGAAAGCGGUGCGGUCCAAGCAAGGCACUAUGGAUGCGAUCAAGCAGGACAUUAUUGAGGAUAAUUUGGUCAGCGGUAUGCAACCAACAGGUGUCUUUACAUCCAGAUCCCCAGAACAGACCUCCGUCACACCACGAGGCCGUGAGAAUCGAGAGUCUGGAACACACUUAGCUAGAAUGCCAAGUCCGACUCAGUUUCAAAGAAUGCCCGACAAAGAGGCGCAUUCUCAAAGAUUCUCCAGUCCUCCAGACGAUCUUCUUGCGCAGCGUUUUGCCAAACUCAAGGCUUCUCCGCCUUCCAACCAGUAUGUGCCGGGAGCAAGUACUGCUGGGCCGGGAAGCCCAAUUGUAGGAUCUGCAGGGCAGACCCCACUUCAUUCGUCAAACGUACCGCUUGGAACAUACAGCCCCCCACCGUCAAGACGUCCAUUAGGACCUCGUGGCAUGGGUCCUUCAUCUAGUGUGCCGACAAUUCCACCGAAGGUUCCGCUUAACACAUCGUUACCACGUGCCCCGGACCCAGCCUAUAGCCCUGUCUUCACUGUGCCAUCAAAGCCCACAUCAAACCCACCGAGGAGCUCAACAGAAAGCACACGUUCAGGCAAUCUAAGAUACUCGCAAUUCAGCAAUUCACCACGUGUCAGUCCAACCCGAGGAGGGUUUGAUGACAACCCGUAUAGAUCUCUGACGCCAAAUGGUUUGGAUUCGGCGCGAGAGACACGAAGCAACUCACCCGACUUGCCGUACAGCACAACUAUAACUGCGCAGAGCCUUCUUGAAAAUCUGCGGAAGUUCAAUGUGCUCCUGAUUGAUGUCCGGGCCCGAGCCCAGUAUGAUAACGGUCACGUGUAUGCAAAAUCUAUCAUUUGCAUAGAACCCGUGGUUUUGAAAGAGAACGUGUCGGCAGAAGAGCUAGAGGAGCGACUCGUUCAUUCACCGGAGCAUGAGCAGGCCUUGUUUGAGAAACGGAACGAGUACGAUCUGGUGGUUUACUAUGAUCAAAACGCCAAUUCAGUCAGUUAUCUUGCUGGAUCUCCGGUGGGGACAUCAGCACCUCAUUUGAGAGCUCUCUAUGAUACUCUUUACGAGUUCAAUGCAUACAAGCCGUUGAAGGCCGGACGGCCUCCAGCUCUCUUGCUUGGUGGAUUGGAUGCCUGGAUCGAUCUUUUAGGGCAACAAUCCCUUGCGACAUCCUCAACCGCUGCUGUCAUGAGUUCUCUGCAGACUAGAAAGCCUAUGCCUAGACCCGGCCGACCUCUCGGCAGAGUUCCUACCAUGGCUAGUGCAAAUUCGAGCCUUGAAAUUAGGAAGAGACGGCUGCGCGAGUUCACUCCUUUGAACUCGAAAGAGUUGUCCGAGUGGAUGGAGAAAUCUAAAGUCGAGGAGAUUGACACGAGCACCUAUGCUGAGGAAGACACAUUGACGGAGGAACCCGAGGAGACUAAACCAGAGCCACCAAGUCCAUUUAUCGACUCAUAUGAGGCAUUCUUGCGUCGUUUCCCUGAACCGCACGAUGUCCGACAGUCUAUGACACAGACGAACUACCGUCCUCCAUCUACCGCCUCCCCGAACUAUGCUGCACACAUCUCAGUGGCCCCCUCUCGGCCACCCCCUGCUGUGCCCCGUCCCAGCUAUAGCGGCGUCUCCGAUGGACGGCACAUCCAACCACAUUUACAACGCCAGAAUUCGGCGAAUCAGACAGCCCUGUACACUCCAAGCUCCCGCUUAGAUCGCCUCAAACUCCCGCGAACUGGCUUGACCAAUUUUGGUGUGACCUGCUAUAUGAAUUCCACCAUCCAAUGUCUCAGCGCAACGAUUUCACUGAGUAGGUUCUUCAUCGACAACCGAUUUCGUCAUUAUGUACAAAAGAAUUGGAAGGGGUCUCAGGGCGUCAUGCCAGGACUUUAUGCGAAUCUGACCAGGUCGUUAUGGAAGAACGAUGUCGAGGUCAUCAUGCCUACCUCAUUCCGGAAUUUUUGUGGACGUUUGAAUCGAGAAUGGGCCAUCGACCGACAGCAAGAUGCCAAAGAAUUCUUUGAUUUUGUGGUAGAUUGCCUCCACGAGGAUCUCAAUAUCAACUGGCAGCGAACGCCGCUUCGACCUUUGACCUUUUCGGAGGAGAUGCAACGAGAGCGCAUGCCAAUGACCAAAGUUUCCCGAAUUGAAUGGGACCGGUACUGUCACCGAGAGGAGUCUUUUAUCUCGUCGUUAUUCGCGGGCCAACAUGCCAGUCGACUGCGCUGCACGACCUGCCGACAAACAUCUACGACCUAUGAGGCCUUCUACAGCAUCAGUGUUGAAAUCCCACCAACAGGUACGGGUGAUAUUUAUCAGUGCCUCCGUAGCUACUGCCAGGAGGAGAUGCUGAGCGGCGAUGAGGUCUGGAAGUGCCCACAUUGCAAAUGCAAGCGAAUGGCAACUAAGCAGAUCAUCAUCACCCGCGCGCCCCAGAUUCUCGUUGUUCACUUCAAGCGCUUUUCCGCAUCUAAGACCCAAAGUGCACGAAAGAUCCACACCCCAAUCGAAUUCCCGCUUCACGGUCUACAGAUGGACGACUUCGUGAUUGCUCACCCUCCCCCUCCCCCUCCGGAGCCCGGUGUCCCACCUGCCACCGGUGCCACGGUCCCACCCUUCACUUACGAUGCCUUUGCAGUGCUGCGGCAUAUUGGGUCUUCGAUGGGCAGUGGACAUUACAUCUCACUAGUCUGCGAUGCGGAGCGGCAGUGUUGGCGAAAAUUCGAUGAUGAGCGGGCCACGGACUUCAAUCCGCGAGAUCUCCGGGCGCGAGACCGGUUACAGAAUGAGCAGGCGUACAUCGUGUUUUAUGAGCGAGUUCCAGCGAAAUGA